AUGUUGAAGAAUCUGCUUGUUCUGACGCUGGCAUCUUUUGCCUUUGGGCAAGAAGACGACAUUCCUACGAACGCGACUGUCAAGGAUGACGAGAUGGGACCUGCCGGUUUCAUGUGGCCCCCGGACCGUCCUUGGGCUGGGGACGUUGACAACAAAGGUCCUUGCGGCUCACGAGCAUCUUCUGGGAACAGGACCAACUUUCCCUUGACUGGUGGUGCUGUCUCUCUUGUUGCUCAGGAUGACUAUUACAACACCAAGAUCAGCAUCUCGUACUCAGAAGAUCCUACAUCCAAUGAUGACUUCGAGACCCUGAUUCAGGAAAGAAGUAUCACAGAUCUCAACCCAGGUCACACCUGCGUUCAAGUUCCCGAUGCCCCCUCCAAGGUCUCAGCCGGCGACAACGCAACUCUGCAAAUUAUCUACCGCGCCGACUGGGACGCACCCCAUAACCAAACCUUCUAUGCCUGCGCCGACAUCACUUUUGUCAAGGAGUCCGAGUUAAACUUCGAAAUCCCCUGCUUCAACGCCACAGAGCCCGGCGACGACGACAAGGCAGCUGGUGCUACCGUUGGACCCAGCCCAACUGCUACUCACCCGUCUACAUCUUCUGAAAGCUCUGAUGCUUCUGAGGCGGAGAGCAAGUCAGGCAAAUCUAACAAGUUGAGUGGCGGAGCUAUUGCUGGUAUUGUUAUUGGUUCUAUUGCUGGUGUUGUCUUGAUUGCUGGUGCGAUUCUGUUCUUCUUGCGUCGCAGUCAGCAGGCGAAGAGAAACUCACGAAUUGCUCGCAUGGAGGAUAACGCGCGCAAGCAUCAGUUGGCUACGGAUGGUGCUUCUGGCACCAGCAUCUAA